GAAGACGCUAUUUUAGUUGGCCACUCACAGAAGGCAAUAGGAGCUAUUAAAUUUGAGACUUGAGUUUAGUUCUUGUUAUUUAAAGUCAGAGUCAUAUCAUAUCAACUUGUUUUCCGCAGAGAUUAAAUAUAAGGAGCAAAAGACAUGUCUGAAGCACCGAGAAAAUCAAAGAUCUCUGCAUCUCGAAGGCUACAUCUUAAGAUCAAGCUGCUGAAAACAGCAGCUGUGAUGUUGGAGAAGACCAAGGAGGAGAGGAUUCAGCAGAAAGAAGUUACUCUCACAGAGAAAGUUCCUCCUCUCCAGCUGUCUGGUUUGUCUGUUGAGGACCUCCAGACUUUGUGCAAAGAGCUGCACCGCAAGAUAGAUGUGGCAGAUGAAGAACGGUACGACAUCGAAGCUAAGGUGGCCAAAAACAUCAAGGAGAUUGAGGAUCUCAAUCGGAAGGUCUUUGAGCUGAAGGGUAAGAUGAAGCGACCUGCUCUGAAGAGAGUAAAGAUCUCUGCUGAUGCCAUGCUGGGAGCUCUGCUGGGUUCAAAGGUUAAAGAGAGUGUGGACUUUAAAGUCAACCUCAAGACUGUGAAGAAAGAGGAGGAAAAGAAGGAGGAAGUGACAGACUGGAGGAAGAACGUGGAAGCCAUGUCCGGAAUGGAGGGCAGGAAGAAGCUUUUUGAUGCCAACCCGUAGAUUUGUCUUUGUGGACAUUUUGAUGAUAAAUGCAGUUUUACAGGGUAAGAAAUUAUAGAAGACCUUGCAGGGAUUGAUCUUCCAUAGAAUUAGCAAACACACAAGACAGGAUUCAGCAUGCAUGACUGUAUCUGCAGACUUUACAUGCAAUAUUCAAAGUUACUUAGAUUAUUAAAGAAAAAUAAUUGCAUCAAUCCGUUUUUUUUGCAUUAGGGUUAAUUGAACUGUUUUGUUUUGUGGUUUUUGCACUUGUAAAACAUUUGAACUGCUUAUAUGUCCACCCUAAAACAAAUGUUUCUUGACCUUAAAAUGCCUGAGAAUAAGAAAGUUAAUAAAAUGUUCUGGUGAAAACUUAAA